AUGAAUGAAAGUGAAGCUGAUGUGUACCCUAUAAAUACACAAAUAACUGAAGAAGUUGAUGCAGAGGAUUUGUCAAUAGCCACAUAUGAAUCUGAAAAAAUAAAUUGCGUUGAUGCAAAUGUCGAAAGUGAUAAAGAUGAAGUUAAUGGUGAAAACAUUUUGGGAAAGGUUUUCGAUACAACCGAUGAUGCGUAUGCCUUUUAUAAUGAUUAUGCAUUUGUACAUGGAUUUGGUAUACGUAUUCAUACUACAUGCAAAAAUAAGGGAACAAAUGAACCUUAUCGAAAGACACUUGUAUGCGACAAAGAAGGUUUUAAACGGGAGGAUGGUAAUACUUCAAGUGGACAUGAAAAAAAACGUCGUAGAGAAGUUAGAAUCGGAUGCAAAGCAAUGCUCCGAAUUUCAAAAAGGAAGGAUGGGAAAUGGUUUGUGGACUUGUUUGAUGACACACAUAAUCACGAAUUGAGCAUCACACCAACGAAGGUGAUGAAGCAUCGUUCUCAUGCGAAGUUCCAUCGUACAAUGGAAUGUAAAUCUCUCAUGGUGCAACUUAAUCAAUCAGGGUUGAAACCUUCUCAAAUUAAAAAGACUAUUAAUGCAAUGAAAACCUUAAAUGAACCUGAUGUAACUUCAAAACAAUGCGUUGAUGUAUUAUCUGAGCAACGAAAACACAAUAGAGGAAGAAAGUUCUAUGGACUAAUUAAACAUUUACAGGAUAAAGCAUUGGUGGAUAAUGAUCAGUAUUAUGUUGUGGAUUUGUGUAGUGAUGGGUGUCCUAGAAAUAUUUUUUGGGCUGAUGGAAGAUCAAGAGACGAUUUUACUAAAUUUGGAGAUGUUGUUGUGUUUGAUGUCACUUAUAUGACAAACAAAUUCAAGAUGCCUUUUGCUCCAUUUACCGGGGUGAACCAUCAUGGACAAUCUAUACUAUUUUGUGGAGCGUUGUUAGAAAAUGAAAAGGAAGAAACUUUUGUAUGGUUGUUUGAGCAUUUCCUAAAAUGUAUGUUUAGCAAGUAUCCAAAUGCUAUUAUUACUGAUCAAGACAAGGCUAUGGGUAAUGCAAUAAAAAAAGUGUUUCCGAACGCUCGACAUCGCUUUUGUGCAUGGCAUAUAAAAAAGCAUGAAUUGGAGCACCUUCGACCAUACAUUUCCCGUUAUAGUGAUUUUCAAGAAUCAUAUAAAGAAUGGGUAAUGAGUGACACAAUUGAAGAAUUUGAAACUAUGUGGGAAGUUAUACGUGAUAAGUAUAAACUUGAAAAUAAUUGUUGGAUAACUGAUAUGUAUAACCAACGAAUACAUUGGGCUAAAGCUUUCUUAAAGGAUAUUUUCUUGGCCGGUAUGACAACAAGUGGACGAAGUGAGAGUAUUGAUUCUUUUUUUGAUGAUUUUGUUAACUCGAGUACCAUGUUGAAUGAUUUUUUAGUACAAUAUGAUAAAGCAGUUGUGUCACGAAGGGCUGCCGAAGAAGAUGAAGAUUUCAAGACUAUGAACUCGAGGCCGGUUCUUUCCUCAAUACAUCCAAUUGAAGCAAUAGCAGGUGAGUGUUAUACUAGAAAGGUUUUUGAGAUUUUCAAAAAAGAAUGGAUAGAAGCUACCAACAAUUUAACGCAUGAGACUCUAAGCAAAAGUACAGAAGAAAUCAAGUAUCGAGUUGGACAAUUGAAUGUUGACAAAAAAUAUUGGCGGAUUGUUAGCUUUUGUUUGUUAAAAAAGAUGCAUGUGACAUGUUCUUGUGCUAAGUAUGAGACAUGUGGGAUUUUAUGCAAACAUAUCUUGUAUGUAAUGAAGAAGAGGCAUGUUGACACACUUCCGAGUCACUACAUUUUACCUCAAUGGACCCUUAAUGCUAGGUACAAGGUGGGUAAGCAUAGCAUCGGACUCGAAGAAAUGAAUAACAAAAAUGGCGUCAGUGCUUACACUUUAUGGUGUGUUCGUUCAAAUUUUAACAAAGUUAUUGAACAAGCAAAAGACUCACCUUCAGAAAUAGAAAACGUCAAUAACAUAUUGAUAAAGCUCUUACAAUAA